AUGCCGAGCAGUGGAUGGGUGAAGAUGACGGAGGAGGAGCGGUCCAUGGCCCGCCACUGGUACUCGGAGGGGAAAUCACCGUCAGAAAUCGCGAGCCUCUUGGACCGUGACGCCUCCACUUUGACCCGGCUGCUGUGCAAGCAGCAGCCAGCCAAAAGGCAGGGGCGACCUUGCGCAUUGACUGAUGCCAAGGUGGACUACCUCGAGAGAAAGUUGGACGAAAUGAUCGUCAAAGCGGAUGGUCAGAAGGUGGUAACGGUCGAAGCCCUGAAAAAGGCAACAAAAACAAGCGCUGGCGUCCAGACGAUCCUUGCGGCUUUGCACAAGCGGAAUAUAUACUUCCGCAGGCUCCGGGAAAAACCUGUGCUCACUCCUGCAGACGUCCAGGCGCGGCGCAAGUUUGCCCAGACCUACCGCAAGAAGACCCGCGCCUGGCCAUGCAUUCAUCGACGGGAAAUACUUCCAGGCCGCGUGCCUACGUGCAUAGGGGUGCAAGGUAGCCUUCUUGUCCAGAUUUGUGCGUCUGUUGUGUGUCUGUGCGCGCAUGAUGGUUCUGGGGCACCUGCCAGUGCUCCGCGUGGACAUAGCGUGCUGUCCUGUCAGGUCUACCUCACUGGCGCCGAGCGAGCCCGGGCAGCGAAGCAUGGCACCUUUGGCGCCUAUCGACGGCCUGGCAAAGGCUUGUGCGCAGGGUACGUCAAGCCCAAGGAGGGGUCCCUCAGGCAUAACACGGGCGCCAAGGGAGUCCUCCUCCAGGUCGGCGUCGGUGGCGGCAAAGUUGUCGCAGUCCACGAAGUCAAGAGCCGGUGGAACGGGCAAGCGGCCGUGACCUUCUAUGAGGCCUUGCGCCGAGGACUGGAGCGGGCCUGCCCCGGCAAGCUGAAGUACACCAUCCUGGAAGACAACGACCCGACGGGCUACAAGUCCGCAAAAGGCAGGGAGUGUCGCUGCCAAAGCGAGGGCGAAGCUGCGAAGCUGGACGUGAUGGAGAUUCCAAAGCGCAGCCCUGACCUCUCCUUACUCGACUACGCCGUUUGGAAAGAAGUGAACCAGCGGCUUCGAAGGCAAGAGAAGACCUGGCCCAGAGCCAAGCGCGAGACACGGCAGAGCUACGUGCAGCGCCUGAAGCGCACCAUCCGCUCCCUGCCGAACAGCAUUGGGGACAUGGUCCGCCGUUGCGAGCGGCUCCAUGAAGCCAAGGGCCAUUUCUUUGAGGAGGGCGGCCGUGGAGCCUAG